GCGUUUUUUUAAUCCAAUCAAUAUGAUGAUGAAAAGGAUAAGGAGAAGAAUAGCGUCUUUGUUACGCCACCAACAUAAGGAUAGCCUGAUGGUUGCAAAUGGUUACGUUCGCACAGCCUGGGCUAUAUAGGCUAGAGAAGAUCAUAUCAUUAAUCGACAUUAUUGCGAGCCAUGAAAUGACAUAACGUCUAGGCCUGUAUGCUGUAAUACAUAAUAACGUCAAUGAUGAUCAUUUUUCACUAAAUGGACUGGAUUUGAACGCUGCAGCACUAGGGAAUAUCACAGAGGAAAUUACAUUCAACUCCUAAUAACGGAUGGAGGAGCGCAUGCAUUAAUUAAUUAACGGAGCCGAGAAGCUCAGCGGCGAUAUUAAAGAGAUGAAACACCUUUCGUUCUCUCUUGAUGUACUCAACCGGCCAACGAGGGAGAGGUGAGAGACAACAAGGAGCAGCCGAUGAUCGGAGAGAACAGCGGCCACAGCGCAGCGGCAGGCAUCCGGGACAGUGAUAACUCAGAGAGAGCGCUGUUUACUGUCAUCUGAGAUCUGGCUCCGGACCAGCGGUGAGGCAUGGGCUGCGCUCCCAGCAUCCACGUCUCCCAGAGCGGCGUGAUCUACUGCCGAGACUCGGACGAGUCCAACUCUCCGCACCAGACCACCACUAUAUCCCAGGGCACCGCGGCCACCCUCCAUGGGCUGUUCAUUAAGACGGACGCGGCCGACACCAUCCCCUCGGUAAUCACUUACCAGACCAGGCAGUCCCGGAACAAAUCUCACGGAGAGAGGAGAGAGAACAGCGGGGGACACAUCUGCAUCGAGGCCGAGACACAGACCAGUCACACCAGUGUCAAGGUAUCAGCCACAGAAGAGUGUAUAGGACCUAUGAGACUGACCCAAGAACCUAUUCAGGUCCUGCUGGUGUUUGCGAAGGAGGAUGGUCAAAGCGAUGCCUUCUGGUGGGCGUGUGACCGGGCGGGUUUCAGGUGUAACAUUGCCCGAACGCCCGAGUCCGCCGUCGAAUGUUUCCUGGACAAGAGCCACGAGAUCGUGGUCAUUGAUGGACGCCACUCACAAUACUUCGAGGCAGAGGCUAUCUGCCGGUUGAUCCGUGCCACAAAGCCCUCAGAACACACAGUCAUUCUGGCCAUUGUGCCACAGACGCCUUUAGAUCAGGAGGAGCCGUCUGUUCGUCCUCUCAUCUGCGCUGGAUUCAGCAGAAGGUAUGUGGAGAACAUUAGUGUCUCUGCCUGCUAUAACGAAUUGCUCCAGAUAGAACAUGGAGAGGUGCGCUGCCAGUUCAAACUCAGGGCGUGUAACUCAGUGUUCACUGCUCUGGACCACUGUCAGGAGGCUGUGGAGAUCACCAGUGAAGACCAUGUGAUACAGUACGUGAACCCAGCAUUUGAGCACAUGAUGGGAUACCAUAAAGGAGAGUUAAUAGGGAAAGAGCUGACAGAACUCCCCAAGAGUGACAAGAACCGAGCAGAUCUUCUAGACACCAUCAACACCUGCAUCAAGAAAGGAAAGGAGUGGCAGGGGAUCUACUACGCCAGGAGGAAGUCCGGUGACAGCAUACAGCAGCACGUCAAGAUUACGCCUGUGAUUGGCCAGGGAGGUAAAAUCCGCCAUUUUGUCUCCAUCAAGAGGCCCCACAGUGACAACAACAAACAGAAGAGAGUGGGCAAGGAGCUGAGAGCAGCCCAGAUCCCAGUUAAGGCCCCCACAGGCGUGCCAGCCAAGGUGGCAGCAGCCUCCAGGUUUCAGGGCUCUGUCAAUGCAUAA